AUGGGCAACAACCAACCAGGCGGUACGACGAAGCGAGAUCGAAACGAAAUGGGUCAGAGCCCCGGCGGUCGGAUGAGGAUCCCGAGCGGUAAUCCACCCUCGAAUUUGAGCAGUUCGGUCGAAGAUGGCUGUCCGGUUCAAGUCAAAAUAGCCAAAUCACUCGACGACUCGAACGGCUCUUUACCAUGUGUUGCGGGUCUGACGGUACAAGAACGAAGCGAGUACCCGGUCGUGUUCAAAUGGCACGGCGCCUCGCAAAAUGCGCCAAAGGCUGUCGCAAUCUGCGGGUCAUGGGACAAUUGGCGUCGGCGGAUCCCGCUCGUUCGCUCUUCUAACGAUUUUUCAACAAUUUUGGAUCUGCCACAAGGUGAUCACGAGUACAAAUUCAUGGUCGACGGCAAGUGGGUGGUUGACGACAAUCAGCCGAAGACGGGCAACCCGAUGGGCUCGGAGAACAAUGUGAUUCACAUUGACGAGGCUGACUUUGAGGUUUUUGAUGCCCUCGACAAGGAUCUGGCUUCUUCAAACGCUGGAGAGGCUAUGAGGAACUCAAACAAGGCACCGGCCAGCCACGACACGCCCAACGACCGCGAGCUCGAGAAGAUGCACACCUUUACCCAGGAUGUACCUGAGCGCCGGGACUUUGACAAGGCGGCCAACCCGCCCGUGCUACCACCUCACCUACUCCAGGUGAUCCUGAACAAGGACACCCCGGUUCAAUGUGACCCAAACGUGCUACCGGAGCCUAACCAUGUAAUGCUCAACCACCUUUAUGCCUUGUCGAUCAAGGACGGCGUCAUGGUUCUUUCGGCCACGCAUCGUUAUCGCAAGAAGUACGUGACCACGCUGCUCUACAAGCCGAUAAAC